UUUAGACCUUAGACCAAACGGUAUUAAGGUCAAAUGACCACAUUGAGACAAUUUUCCAAGUGCAGGGCAAAUUGAUGCAAUCGAGACUAGAAUGCGGUAAAGUGAUAUCGAACGGGCGAAAAUGGAAUUUCCCAAUACGGAUGAAAUGAAUUCAAAGAGCGUAGAGAAAUAACUUGGGCAAGAAAGUUUGCAAUCUUUUGAUGAACAGCGCAGAGCAGUUCUGCGUCUCACUCUUGAACAACUGCAGAACACUCAGAUCCCUCCAACAUUUCCAUGCCCGCGCCGCCGUAACCGGCCUCGAUUCCGACCCCCUUGUCGCCGGAAAGCUUCUCCUCCACUCCGCCGUUCACCUCUCCGGCGCCCUCGACUACGCUCGCCGCCUCCUUCUUCAUAACCCAUGUCCCGACACCUUCAUGUACAACACCCUCAUUCGCGGCUUCUCCGAUUCCGCAUCCCCCCAGAAUUCAGUAUCCACAUUCUCACUCAUGCUCCAGAAUUUGGAUUCCCCUGUCGACAGCUUCUCUCUGGCCUUCACGCUGAAAUCCGCCGCCAACAUGCGGUGUUUGCGCACCGGGACCCAGCUCCAUUCCCAGGCUCUGACGCGUGGGCUUCAUACCCACCUCUUUGUUGGCACCACAUUGAUCAGUAUGUACGCGGAGUGCGGCUGUGUUGAGUUUGCCCAGAACAUGUUCGACGAAAUUCCCGAACCAAACAUCGUCACGUGGAACGCCCUGGUGACGGCGUUCUUUAGGUGCGUCGAUGUAAAAGGCGCGGAGCGAGUCUUCAAUCUGAUGCCCGCCAAGAACUUGGCGUCUUACAAUCUAAUGCUCGCCGGGUAUACAAAGCUAGGUGAGUUCGAAUUCGCUAGGAAGGUGUUCGACAAAAUGCCAAUAAGAGAUGAAAUAUCUUGGAGCACAAUGAUUGUCGGGUUUGCACAGCACGGGUGUUUCAACGAGGCAUUUGAGUACUUUCGGGAGUUACAUAAAUUAGGGAUAACACCGAACGAGGUGAGCUUGACAGGGGCUCUAUCAGCUUGUGCGCAAGCUGGUGCACUAGAGUUUGCCAAGAUACUACACGGUUAUAUCGAAAAAGUAGGGUUCGUUUGGAUGAUCCCAGUAAAUAACGCACUAACAGAUACUUAUUCCAAGUGCGGGAGCAUAGAUAUGGCUCUUCUGGUAUUUCAGAGAAUGCCGGGUGAAAAGAGCAUCGUUUCUUGGACUUCCAUAAUCGCAGGCCUAGCAAUUCAAGGCUAUGGCGAAGAGGCACUAUCUCUUUUCCACGAGAUGGAAUAUUCCGGAAUCAAACCGGACGGGAUUUUGUUCGUCACAAUCCUCUAUGCAUGCAGCCACUCGGGUUUGGUCGAAAAGGGUGACGAAAUUUUCGACAGAAUGACCAAAAUUUACGGGAUUACCCCUGAAAUCGAACACUAUGGAUGCAUGGUUGACUUGUACGGCCGGGCGGGACAGCUGGCGAAGGCGUACGAUUUCGUGUCCAAAAUGACGAUUUCGCCCAACGCGGUUAUCUGGCGGACACUCCUCGGAGCUUGCAGCUUUCAUGGCGACCUGCAACUGGCGGAGCGAGUCAAGAGAAAGCUAUCCGAGUUGGACCCGAAAAACUCGGGGGACCACGUUUUGCUGUCGAAUAUUUACGCCUUUGCCGGAAAAUGGAAGGAUGUUGCCACUGUGAGAAGAUCAAUGGCCGAGCUUAAGUUGGUCAAGACUCCCGGUUGGAGCAUGAUUGAAGUUGACAAGGUGAUGCAUACCUUUGUGGCGGGUUUUAAGGAAGACGAUGCUGUAAUAAAGGAGGCUUACGAGAAACUGAAGGAGGUCAUGCUGAGAAUUAGGGUUGAAGGAGGGUAUGUUCCGGAAGUUGUUAAUGUUCUGCACGAUAUCGAAGAGGAAGAGAAGGAAGGUUCUGUGAUGGUGCACAGUGAGAAGCUGGCUGUUGCUUUCGGGAUGGGGAGGUUGACCAAGGGUAAAAUCGUCCGAGUUGUGAAGAAUUUGAGGGUUUGCAAAGAUUGUCAUAAUGUAAUGAAACUGAUAUCCGAGGUUUACGGAUUGGAGAUUCUGCUGAGAGAUAGGAGCAGAUUCCACUCAUUCAAGAAUGGGAGUUGCUCCUGUAAAGAUUAUUGGUGAAUAAGUAAAUUUAUAUAAACACUAAUCAAAUAUUAUAUAAGGGUAAAAUCGUCAUUUAUUGAA